UAUUUCCUUCAUGUGGGUGCAGAAAAUGGGACCUCACUGGCAUCCCAUGUAACCAUGCCAUCUCAGCAAUAAACAAGGGCAAAAGAAAACCAGAGGAUUAUGUAAGCAAGUUCUUCAAGAAAGCAUUUUAUGUGGCAGCUUAUGAACCAAUGAUCUAUCCAGUUCCUGGUGAGCAUGACUGGACAAGGACCCCUGGUCCAGACAUUGACCCACCUGCAUUUAAAGUGAAGAGAGGAAGAAAGAAAGAGAAGAGGAUCAAGGGGAAAUUUGAAGUUCCAAAGCCUAAGGACACAUCAAGAAUGGGGACUAUAACAUGUGGCAAUUGUGGACUGCAAGGACAUAGGUACACAAGCUGCAUGAAGCAGUUGAAGCGUGAGCUGGCUUUGAGGAAGAACAAACAUGUGCCUCUUGCAAGGAAUUCCAAUGUUGGUGCUGCUGCUACUACACCAGCAGCAAGAACUUCUCAUCCAGCCCCUACAACAACACCAAUAGCUGGAACAGGAGGUGCUGGGAGAGGAGCUGGGAGAGGAGCUGAGAGAGGUGCUGCUGGGAGAGGUGCUGGUAGAGGUGUUGCACCAGGUGCUGGGAGAGGUGCUGGGAGAGGGAGAGGUACAUUCUCUGCCCCAAGGCAAUCUGGUCCCUCCACAUCUACUACUCCCUCCACAUCUACUACUGGGAGAGGUGCUGGUGGUAGACAUAGUGGAUGGAGGAGCUACUUCUAUGCAAGUGGUAACUAGAUAAUUCAUGUGUGUGUUCUUGCAUCCUGUGAUACAAUGUGAUCUUGCUUUGGUGGUGUACUUUAAGAAUCAAUGCCAUAUUAUGCUGGAG